CGGCCGCCGGAGGGGACCCGGGGGGCGCCGCGGGGGUCUCCCCGGGUGGGGUCUCCAUGUUCCGGUGGCUGGAGGUGCUGGAGAAGGAGUUCGACAAGGCCUUCGUGGACGUGGACCUGCUGCUGGGCGAGAUCGACCCGGAUCAGGCCGACAUCACCUACGAGGGGCGGCAGAAGAUGACGAGCCUGAGCUCCUGCUUCGCGCAGCUGUGCCACAAGGCGCAGACCGUGUCGCAGAUCAACCACAAGCUGGAGGCACAGUUAGUGGACCUGAGAUCUGAAUUGACAGAGACACAGGCAGAGAAAGCCGUGCUGGAGAAAGAGGUCCACGACCAGCUCUUACAGCUGCACUCCAUCCAGCUGCAGCUUCACGCGAAAACCGGCCCCAGUGUUGACUCUGGCACAAUUAAGGCGAAGUUGUCUGUCCCCUCUAUGGAGGAACUGGAAAGAGAGCUUGAAGCAAACAAAAAAGAGAAAGUGAAAGAAGCCCAACUUGAAGCUGAAGUGAAACUGUUGCGAAAAGAGAACGAGGCCCUGCGCAGACACAUCGCUGUUCUGCAGGCUGAGGUGUACGGGGCCAGGCUGGCGGCCAAGUACCUGGACAAAGAGCUGGCUGGGAGGGUCCAGCAAAUACAGUUACUAGGAAGAGACAUGAAGGGCCCCGCUCAUGAUAAGCUGUGGAACCAGCUGGAAGCUGAAAUCCAUUUGCACCGGCAUAAGACUGUCAUCAGAGCCUGCAGGGGACGGAAUGACCUGAAGCGACCCAUGCAGGCACCACCGGGCCACGAUCAAGAUUCUUUAAAGAAAAGCCAAGGAGUUGGUCCCAUUAGAAAAGUUCUUCUCCUUAAGGAAGACCAUGAAGGCCUUGGCAUUUCAAUUACAGGCGGGAAAGAGCAUGGUGUUCCUAUCCUCAUCUCCGAGAUUCACCCUGGGCAGCCCGCUGACAGGUGUGGAGGCCUGCAUGUGGGGGACGCCAUUCUGGCCGUCAACGGAGUUAACCUAAGGGACACAAAGCACAAAGAAGCUGUCACCAUCCUUUCCCAGCAGAGGGGAGAGAUUGAAUUUGAAGUGGUGUACGUGGCUCCCGAGGUGGACUCUGAUGAUGAAAACGUGGAGUAUGAGGAUGAGAGCGGCCAUCGUUACCGCCUCUACCUGGAUGAGCUAGAAGCUGGCGGCACCCCCGCUGCUAGCUGCAAAGACGCCAGUGGGGAGGUCAGAGUGUUCCCAGAGUAUAAGAAGGCAGUCACUGAUGCCCAGGAGAAUGGAGACCUGGGAACUUCAAGUGAGACUCCGCUAGAUGACACUGCUUCGAAAUUCGAUGACCUGCACAGUGGUCUGUAUCAUAAAAAGUCUUUCUGAGUGUCUGCAUCUCCAGACAGGAUUUCUCGUCAGGCUGUUUGGAACUGGGGGCACUAGAGAGGACGGUGACAAAGACCAUCCCAGGAAAGAGAGGCUGUUUUGUUGCCUGGAGAAAGGCGGGUACCUCAGGGCUUCAUGCAGACAGUUCUAAGUGCACAACCCCCUUCCCGUGGUACAACACGAUUAGCGAUUGCAUGUAAGGCCGUUUUGGUUUACCUGAAGUUGUCAGCACCAAAGCAUGUGUUUCCCAAAGGAAUAUUGUAUUACUAGGCCCUUAAGUACCAAAUGAAGCAUUACUGUUUUGAUUCUGUUGCUUAUUUAGGAGUAGGACAGUGCCAACUGGAAUUUUAUUAAAAAUAGCCAUUAAAUUCAAGAGAGUAAGGAGUUCACAUUAUAUAUUUCAAGAUGUUAACUGUGGUGUUUCAAAGGACAGAAUUGAUUCAGUGAAUUUAGUCUGUACAAUGCUGGGAAAAAUGUAGACUUAAUUUUUUAUUUAACUAAAAGAAUGGUUUUAGGUUUUUAAAGCAUUUAUUGUGCAUCCUGAUACCUUUUGGAUUUUAAAGGAAAUGGAGACGAGUGUAAAAUACCUGUUCUCAAUUAUGUUGAUCUGUAUGCAUGGUACUGGAGCAUUACAUUAUUAAUGUUUA